GUCUGUGAUUAGCGGUAAACAUGACUCGCUUACGUUACGGCAUUUUAGUGUUCCUCGCUAUUUUUUCUAUCCUUGUGUCAAAUUUAAAAGCGGACGGUGAGAACAAUUCGCCUCAGGAAAACUUGGUAAAAAGACAUGCAGAGCCAGGGACAGAAGAAGACGAGCUUUUUGAUGAUAUUUCAGCGGAAGACACUAAAGGUAAACGGUUACAAAUUUUCGACUUUUUCUCAGCGGUACACAAACAAUUUAUAUCUCAACUUGCCGAUACACAUGUAAAGUAUACACGGAAUACUUAUCUUCGCCUGCCCUAAUUGGCAUAUGUUUUCAAGAUUUAACGGAGUAACUUUGCUUCUUUUAAAAUAUUUUUUGUCUGCCUUUUUGUAAAACAUAAAUCGAAAUAUUAGCUGCGGCGCCGUUAAGUCCUUAACUUUGACUUCACUCAACAUAGUUAAUAAGUGGAUUGUUCACAUAUUUUAGAGUUAAUCGACCUUAAAAUCAAAAAAGAAAUCCUGCCAUGUUUAUUGUGACACUGAAUAGCAACUUGUUGAAACUAUUUAACGUCGAAUAUAACCUUAGGUCGACAAAAUCUUAAAAGAGAAUUUGGGUAGAAUCCGUGCCCCGGGGCAUGAGAGCCGCGGCCAGAAGAGUGAACUCGUUCUACGAGGAAGACCUCUUGUUCUGCAAUCCAAUACAGAGCGUUUUUCAGAGCAAAGUCCGGCAAGAAGAGCAAAAGAAAAUAUCGCGAGGAAACAAUGAGACUGUGGCGCCAAUUAAAGAGCAUAUUGUAGCAAAACCAAGCCAAUCCUUGAUUUCUUCCGAAUCUAUUGAGAUUGCGCUAUGCUCUAACCAUUUGAUCACUUCACUAACAAAGUAGAACAAGUAAUAUCAUUUUGCUUUAAUUAUUGCAGAAAAAGUUACUAGAGUGAAAAGAUCUCACUUCUGGUCUUGGACGAGCCGGAGGAGGUCCACAAACAACCGGUAUUUCAAAACAAGGCCUCAUUGCGAGCACGAAGAUCAUGAACACUUUAGAACCCGUUGUUGCUCAGGAAAAUUCAUGGACAACAUUUUAUUACAGACAUGCUGUGCUGGACGCAUCGUAUAUAAAAAUAUGGUGCCAUCUUUCUGUCACACGCAUUAUGGGUGUGGUCGUUUCUGGUUUGAUAGCAACCGCCAAAAGUGCUGCUAUGGUUCCAAAGGCGUAGACUGUCAAGAUGUCCAACCAACGUGUGGUUUGACACCAUUCAACCAGACAGUUCAGGCGUGCUGUAGAGGCCGAUAUUUGUAUGUGAUAAAAAACCAGAAAUGCUGUUACGGCCGUGUGAUCUCCAGAGGGAGGACCUGUCGACUUUACAAUAGAUAAAGCACCAGUGAGCGAGUAUCCUAGAAUCAGAACAAAAAUUACCUCAACGAGAAAUAUCAUCAUGGAUCUAGGGACAAAUCUAAACUCAACACAGCAAAUAAGUAAACCAGACCCGGAGUUUGAAAACGCGAGUGACCAAAUUGAGAUUGAUUUUUGUAUUUCUUUUGAUGUUUUAUUAAUUUUAGAGUCUCAGAGAGGGUGGUGUGAGCUUUCUAAGGACGGAUCCUAUAGUUCAGUAGCAAAACUCAUGUAUUCCGGUAUCACUUUGGACUUACAAUUAAAAAAAUUAUUCCAGUGGGUUACCUAAGUAAAGUGAACUUUAGAGGAGACAGCCGCCAUUGUCCCAACCGGCAAUCCUGCGGCGAUCCGAUCCCACCCCGAUUUCGAAUUCUUAUGAAAAGUUUCUUUCUUCUACUUUUCUUCUUCUUCUUCUUUAACUACUUCCUUUUCUGCGGCAAGAAGUUCAAGAUUGAAAUAUCUGCCGGUGACUUAUUUUUGCGAUUGUUCUGUUCGAGCAGAGGAACUUGAACGUGGAAAGAAAUGUGAUAUUUCUCAAAAUAUAUAUAACUUACAGACUUACAUUGUUGACUAUUGGUAGAUAUUUCGAAUGAUUCCGAAAACGAUGAGUACAAAUACUUAUUCGAUUUGUAUGCAGAUUUUUUUAUUUGUCCUG